AUGUACAGCAUUGACACCGUGCAUUCAAGCCACCUGGCGGCAAAGAAUUGUGUCCACCAAUACACCCAAUUUGUGGUGCUCCUGAAGCAUGAUGAAGAUGCAUGGGCACAGAGACUUCAGGAGGCAGGUUAUGUAGUGAUGGAACAGGGUUUGUGUAGGGUGGCACUCGAUGGAAUCGAGGUGGAAGAUGAUGAGCAGGAUAUGUUACUCAAGUGCACCACUGACACAGUGUUUGCCAACUAUAUUGCAGCCCAGCACAGAGUCCGCCAGUACACCCAAUUCCUGACCAUUCUGAAGGGUGAGGAAGAGGCAUGGGCACAAAGAUUUCAGAAAGCAACCUGUGUAAUGCCGGAUUACCAGCCGAGGUGCCAGUGCCAAUGA